UGUGUAUAUAAACUGCAACUGCUAUGUGUGUGAUAGUAUACCAUGUUAUUUGUGAGGACUGGGGAUCAGCAACCUUAAAAACUGCCACAUCUGUUGAUGAGAUAGUUUCUUGAGAGCUCUUUUGAUUGCAGGAGUUGUUUUCUUAUGGAUAUUUCUUCCCUCAGAGGGUUAACUGAUCUGGAAAUAAUGGAAGAUCCUACCUAUCUUCAUCAGUGGCAUUUGAGCUCUAUUGAUGAGCCUACUUUACUUCCGAUUGCUGCUGCUUUUGGAGAGACUUUACAGCAACAUUCAUUCUCUCAUCCCAGUUUCAACCCCAAAACUUCCAUGGAAACUUCACUUUCUAACAUUGACAGACCUACAAAACAUCUCAAGAACAAUAGCUGGUGUCCAACUAAAACUCCAUCCGAGGCACAAUUUGCUUCUUGCUCAACUCUUCUUUCAUUUGUGGAUCCCAAUUAUAUAAACCAGUUGGAAGUGGUGAAGUCUAAGGAUGAGAUGGUUUGUCCUAAAAUGAAUGACACAACUCCUAAAGACAUGAACUUUCAAGGAACAUUAGGAAAUCAAUAUGUGUUCGAGGCUAGUCAGGCGACUAAGCAUGUAGGGCCACGUUCUAGACUUUCUCAACCUCAAGACCACAUAAUAGCCGAAAGGAAGCGUCGAGAGAAGCUCAGCCAGCGGUUCAUUGCUCUAUCUGCCCUUGUUCCUGGACUACAGAAGACAGACAAAGCUUCUGUUCUUGGAGAUGCUAUCAAAUACUUAAAGCAAUUGCAAGAGAAGGUGAAGGCUCUUGAGGAAGAACAGAACAAGAGAAAAGCUGUGGAAUCUGUAGUAUUUGUGAAAAAAUCUCAAUUAUCCAAUGAUGCAGAAGACGCUUCUUUAGAAUAUGAGGGUAUCUUCCAUGAGGCAUUACCUGAAAUUGAAGCAAGAUUCUGUGAUAAAAAUGUUCUCAUAAGAAUCCACUGCGAGAAGAACAGAGGAGUUGUAGAAAAAUCAAUCAAUCAAAUUGAGAAACUCCAUCUAAAAGUUACCAAUAGCAGUGCCAUGACGUUUGGGAGCUGGGCCUUAGAUAUAACUAUUAUUGCUCAGAUGGAAAAGGGAUUUUGCAUGACAGUGAAGGAGCUUGUGAGAAACCUGCGCUCAGCUUUUGCAUCUAUCAUUUGAAGAAGUUCCAUUUGUCUAAAUCAAGCAGAAUCCGUCACCACUCAAAAGUAUAAGAAUAAAUAAUAGGAUUUACUGUCUAGUGUCAACUAUAUAUACACAUAGCAGUUUAUGUUACUUCAUUUAUGUUCAUGUUUGCAACUUGCAAAGCCUGUAAUGUCUGCCACCUUAACCAAACCAUUAUUUACCUCAAGCAUGCUACAUUGCCACCAGUGGUUCAUUUUGCAUGAGGGGCUUUUCUGUCAACAUAUACUUUUUGCAUGAUCAACAAGUUGAUCAUGUUACUUCCACGGUUCCACCCCAUCAUGUUUCUACAGUGGCUUGUACAGCUUGCUAGGCAUUUUUUGGCAUCAGGUUGAAAAGUUCAACCCCAUCUGUUUCUACUUUCUAGCACAGUUCUUCUUCUACUUGAAGUAAAUCUUUAGAAAAAGGAUCAUUGGUUCUUUUUUGGGUGGUCUCGACAAACAGGCCUUUUGUUGCAUUCUUGUAGGUUUAUUUCUGUUAAAUAAAAAAAUGUUUCGUACCAAAAAUGUUUGGUUCAAGUCAAUGAAUAACUGUAUCUUCAAUUAUUUGUAUGAAUGUUUAACUUGCAUGUUUUCGUGCACGGCAUUAGCAUAUAUCAGCAUGCAAAAGAAAAAUGCUUCAAAAUAGUGAAUGUUGUCCUGAUAAAUGGAGACCAUAAAUGUUAAAUGAGAAGGGUUUUAAUAUUAUUAUAUGUUUUCUUAAUGUUAGCCAAGUGAAUCCUUGUACACAUUCUUUAUAAUCUUAGUCCCCACAGAAGAUUAUACUAAAGAUCUUGUUAUGAUUUCGCCCUCUGCCAGCCCCUCAAUGUAUUAGAAUUUUUCAUGAAUGUCACUUAAUAUUUUCCAUAUAAUUAUAUUAUUGAAGGAUCAUGAUUUUUGAAACAAAUAUGUUGGGAGGAUAAGUGAAAGAUUAAAGAAAACAGUGGUAUAUGGAAAUAGUACAAAAGGCCAGUUUUGUAUAUUGUCUUUCAGAUCAUUAUGCUUCCAUUGAUGCCAAAUCCUUUAAGAUCAACAUUUAA